AUGGCUUCUCGAUAUACCGCAGAGGCAUUGCUCCAGCUUCGUCAAUCUCCAUUAUGUGUCAAGCCGCCCGGCCUGCCUCCCGCAGACCAAUGGAUGGGACCAGUUCCAGACCCCAACACUCGCGCCCAAACAACAGGCAACCGCCCAUUAACUUCAGACCGCGUCAAGUCCAAUGAGGGCACCUUCUCCCUCGACCCGGCAAGCCGGCGCCAGACCGGCGACCGGCACAAUCCCCGCAACCUCUCCAGUACGCUUAUCAUGUUCUGCAUCGUGUGCUGUGCCCUCAAACCCCCAGCUGACCCGUCUCUUGCGCUCGCGCUCCACUAG